UUACCGACUUUAGUAAAGCAGUUUCCUGAAUCGAUGAUCGCUGAUGGCCGUCACAGCUCUUCUAUCCGGACAUUUUUUGCUACAUAUGAAUCUAUAGAGUGCUUAGAGCUUGAUUCAUGGCUGCAUCUUCUUCACUAAGAUCAUGGAGAACUGCCUUUCUCACCUUGAGGGACGAAACCCUAACUUUUCCACCUCGCACCUCACUCCUUUCACUCCUUCAUCACUUCAUCUUUUCCCACUCCGAUUCUUUGGUUGUCGCUGCACCCGAACUGCCCCUUCACGAGGUUACUUCAGAUGUUAUGUUUCUGGUGGAAUUGGUGGCAACCACUUCGGAAAGUGAAGACGUGGACACUCUAUUUCUUCAGACAUUACACUUGAUUCAUGAAGUUAGCCGCCACGUCUCUCUGGAAAUGAAUUCAUCUUCUUGGGCUCUUACAUUGGGGUUUCUCCGAAAUGUGGUGCAUUUUUUCUUUAACAAAGUUGAUGCUGAGAAAGCUUUCUUAGAGAACUCAAGUGGAACAAAAGUCACCAUGCAGGUUUUAGAGAUCCUAAGAUAUUUUGCUAAUGCAUAUGGUAGAAAGUGUUCACCAUUGGAAACCACACAGCUAGUCAGGCUCCUUCUCCAUGUUGUUGUAAGCUGUCACACUGUGUUAUUGUCAUUAGCUCAUUCAUUUGGAAAUCAGCCUCAAACUACAGAUAAUAGAAUAGUUCUUAAGUCCAACAAUUUAUGGGAGGUUGAGAUCACUGCAUUUGUUAUGAUUGCUGAUGCAUUCUUAAGACUCGGAUCUUCUGUUCAAGUUGAUAUGUGGCAAUCAGCACUUGAGGUUUUGAGGAAAGUGAUGGAUGUACUCCCAUUUAAGAGCAUACAGAUGGAAAGCAAUGUCAUGUCCAGGUUCUUCACCUCUCUUUUGCGUUGUCUGCAUUUGGUUCUUUCAGAUCCUAAAGGUUCCCUUUCUGAGCAUGUGGCAAGUUUUGUAGCAGCUCUGCGUAUAUUCUUCAUCUAUGGCCUUACUAAUAGGCCAGCAUUAAUUUGCCCAGGUUCUAGGUGUAAGAAGGAAAUCACUUCUACAAACCACUUGUCAGAGACAAAGAAAAUUGGAUGUAGUCGAUAUAGGCCCCCUCAUCUACGCAAAAAAGAGGGCAUAAACUUACAGUCACAUAAAGAUUGGGAUUCUCCAAGUUUAUCAGAUAAUGAGUUUUCUAUGGCUGGUUUUACAUCGUCAGAUUCAGAACACAGUGAUAAUGAUGGGCAAUUGAAAGAUGUAGACUACUUUCGCAGCUCUAAGGCUAGAGUAGCUGCUAUUAUUUGUAUACAGGAUAUCUGUCAAGCUGAUCCCAAGUCACUUAUUGCUCACUGGACGAUGGUUUUACCUACAAAUGAUGUGCUGCAACCAAGGAAGCAUGAAGCAACUCUAAUGACAUGCUUACUAUUUGAUCCUGUUUUAAAGGUACGCCUUGCAUCUGCUUCAACUUUAGCUGUCAUGUUGGAUAGGCCUUCGUCCGUUUUUCUACAGGUAGCUGAAUACAAGGAAUCCACUAGAUGUGGGUCAUUUACCCCACUUUCAAGCUCCCUUGGUCAAAUACUAAUGCAACUUCAUACAGGUAUACUGUAUUUGCUCCAGCGGGAAACUCAUAGUGGAUUACUGGCAUCUGUUUUUAAAGUUCUCUUGCUUUUGAUUUCAGCGACCCCGUAUGCUCGAUUGCCUGGGGUGUUGUUGCCAGCUGUUAUCUCAUUUCUUAGAACACAGAUUCUGGAGGGGUUCAAAAUUGAUCAGACUGGUCUUCUGGCCAUUGCUCUUAAUUGCUUGGGAGCAGCAUUUUCCACCUCACCUCCAUCCUUUCAAGUCAAAGAAAUGCUUCAGGAAGAAAUAUCAAAAGGUUUUCUUGAUGAUGAAGGGAAGAAAGGUGUCCUCUUGGCUAUACUUAAAUUUUCUGAACGAGACAUGCAUCCAACGGUCAGCUUUGAGGCUCUCCAGACUUUGAGAUCUGUAUCACACAACUACCCAAACAUAGUGGCUGCAUGUUGGGAACAUGUUUCUGCUGUUAUCUUUGGAUUGUUGGGAGUAGGUGCUCUUGAUAUUCUUACAUCUGAUACUCAAAUUAGGCCAUCCAAACCAGAUUUUGGAAGUGGUGUAGGAUCACUUGGAGAAAAAUUCAUUACAUGUGCAGUUAAGGUUUUGGAUGAAUGUCUUCGUGCAAUAUCUGGUUUUAAAGGAACUGAAGAUCUGCUGGGUGAUAGAUUAGAGACCCCAUUCAUGUCUGAUUGCACAAGGACAAAAAGAAUUUCAUCGGCUCCAAAAUUUGGACUUGAAUGUCUUGAAGUCUCGAAAGGAAAUUUGACAGAAAAUUCCUCUGGAAGUAAGCAGUGGUGUGAGGCACUUGAGAAGCAUCUACCUCUGAUUUUAUUUCACAGUUCCCCAAUGGUAAGAGCAACGUCAAUUACUUGUUUUGCGGGUAUAACUUCCUCUGUUUUUUUCUCUCUCACGAAGGAGAAACAGAACUUCAUUAUUUCUUCUUCUAUUAGUGCAGCAUUAAAUGAUGAGGCUCCUCAAGUUAAAUCAUCCGCUUGCCGGGCCAUUGGUGUUAUUGCAUGUUUUCCACAAAUUUCUUACAGCACAAAGAUCCUCAAUGAGUUUAUCCAUGCUGUGGAGAUUAACAUACGUGAUCCCUUGGUCUCGGUACGAAUAACAGCCUCUUGGGCUUUAGCAAACAUAUGUGAUUCUUUCCGUCACAGAGCAAGUGAUUUGAACUUGCAGAGGUGUUCUGCAGGAAAACAUGUAGACCCAGAUUCUGAUUUAUUUUCCAUGAAUAUAAUCCUGUUGGCUGAAUGUGCUCUGCGGUUGACUAAGGACGGCGACAAGAUCAAAUCAAAUGCUGUAAGGGCUCUAGGAAGUCUUUCGAGAUUUGUGAACUUCUCACAUUUGUCCAGUGCUAAGGAUGAACCAGUUUGUAUGGGUUCACCUCUAACCACUAAUAUCAAUGAACUGUUGCAUUCAAGUAAUGAUUCCAAAGCCAGUCACGGUUCACUCCCUUCAGGAAACUUGUCUGAUAUAACUUAUAUGCAACAUAACCAGUGGUUAGAUACAAUGGUUCAGGCAUUUCUUUCUUGUGUAGCAACUGGCAAUGUGAAGGUCCAAUGGAAUGUUUGUCAUGCAUUUAGCAAUCUGUUUCUGAAUGAAACACUAAGACUGCAGGAUAUGGCAUGGGCCCCUUCUGUUUUCAAUAUUCUUCUACUUCUUCUUCGUGAUUCUUCCAACUUUAAGGUCAAAAUACAUGCUGCUGCUGCAUUAGCUGUGCCAGCAUCACGACUUGAUUAUGGAAGGUCAUUCUCAGAUGUUGUUCAAGGUCUGGAGCACAUGAUUGAAAGUCUAAACUCGUACCAAUUUUCAACACCAUCAGAUUUCAAAUAUAAGGCUGCACUUGAGAAGCAGUUGACCUCAACUACUCUGCAUGUACUUGAGUUGGCUUCAUGUUCUGACCAUGAGAGUCUAAAAGACUUUCUUGUCAAAAAAGCGUCUUUUUUGGAGGCAUGGCUCAAAUCACUAUGCUCAUCAUUAGAAGAGGCCAGAAAUCAGCCAGGGAUGGAAGCUUCUCCAAUUGAAAUGGAUACUUCCAUAUCUUCCAAGCAAAAGAAAGAUAUGAUAUGCAAGACAGUAAGGUCACUGGUUGAAGUGUAUGAAUGUAGUCACAACCAAGGAAUUGCACAAAGAUUUCAGAAACUGAUAGACAAUGAACCUUGAGUUAAUUGCGCAGCUCAUCUCGUCAACAAAGCUAUGAAAGUUUUAUUUAUGUGCACACAUCGGACUUUCACCACAAACCUCAGUCAAAUGGGUGCUUGAGAAUCUGAGAUUCCGUUUAUUUCCAAAGGCGCAUAGAGAAAAUUAAUCCAACCUUUUGGCUUUUGCACCCUGAAGAAAAGUUUCAAAAGUUUUGCAGGUAAUUUUUUGGGGUGGUCAAAGUGAGUGAUAGCUUUUGGGAUUUGGAAAUGGUUUGUGGUUCUGGUCAUCAAGCAGCGACUCCAGGCGAUUUGUGUGUUGAUCCCGGUAUGUCCAUAUGGGCCCUUGUUUAAAUUUGAGGUGCCACGGUACGGAGUAGAGCACUAAGGUGUGUCAGUGGUUGGUCUUUGUACGUUAUGUAGUGGUUUCUCUGAGUCAAAACAAUAAUUGAUAUACUGUAGUCUGUAUAUUUGUAUUAAUUUCUGGGAAGGUAAGUCCCGAUGCAGGAUGUAGACACUUUUACUGUGUUACUGCUACUCGUACGUGGUAACUGGUAAUUGGUAAGAGCCAUUUCCCAAUUUUCAUCCAGGUGAUUCACAAAAAGUGUUUAACCUUGUUA